CCCCCGAGGCUGUGGACUGAGGAGAGGCGCGCUCCUGUAGGUGGUUGGCUCAGACACGUUAGCGGGCUCGGAGGGGCACGCGCGUUUGGGGAACGUAUGGAAAGGGAGACCGCGUUGGGAUGAAGGGUAGGCUUUGGCGGCGCAGGUCGUUAGAAGCAAACUUUUCGGAGCCAACGGCGCUGUUGCCGCCUCCACCGUUGGCCUGCUCUGAAGCAACAGCCAUUACUGUUCUCGCAUGAGGCCCCGGGUUGGGGUGAGGGGAAGAUGGGCCGCCUGGCGAGCUGUAAACUCUCUUUUCAUUCUCUCCCGAGAAUGGAAAACUGACUUUAUCACAAAAUUAUGGUGCGAUUAACAUUGGAGCUUAUUGGUAAAAGCCUUAAUCAAAAGAAUCGCAGAGAUGAAUCUUUUGUGCAACAUCUGAGGAAGCUAACACAUCUGAAAUUAUCUAAUAAAAAUAUAGAUUUCAUUGAUGAUCUUUCUUUGUGUAAAAAUCUUAAUGUUCUGUAUUUAUAUGAUAAUCAUAUUAGACAAAUACAUAACUUGGACUUUGCAACAAACCUAAGACAUCUGUACCUGCAGAACAAUUUCAUUACACGAAUUGAAAAUCUAGCAUCAUUAGUAAGACUUGAAAAAUUGUAUUUGGGUGGCAACUACAUCACUGUAGUGGAAGGCCUGGAGACUUUAGAGGAACUGAGAGAAUUGCAUGUUGAAAGCCAGCAGCUUCCCUUAGGAGAAAAACUCUUGUUUGAUCCAAGAAGUCUUCAUUCAUUAUCAAAGUCUUUAUCAGUUUUGAAUGUCAGCAAUAAUAAUAUUGAUGAACUAAGUGACUUAUCAAUUCUGGAAAAUAUCUCCCACCUUAUAGCAGUUGACAACCAACUUCACCACAUAAAGGACUUGGAAUUUGUUCUGAGUAUAUGGAUUAAGUUACACAAAAUGGAGUUGAAUGGGAAUCCUGUUUGUCAUAAGCCAAAAUACCGAGACAAAGUAAUACUGCAGUCAAAAUCUCUUGAAUCACUGGAUGGAAAAGAAAUAAAAGAAAUGGAAAGACAGUUCCUGAUGAAUUGGAAAGCAUCCAGAGAUGCCAGGAAGAAAAACAAAGCAGAAAGCUUCAUUAAUGAGCAUGCAUCAUAUUCACAUUUUGAUGAUGGUGAUGCAGAACAUCCACAUUUUCCUGUUUACCAGUUCCCAAUCUCCAGAGAAAAACCAAAUUUUGCUAUUUUGUCUGAGAUACACAGACCUCCUUAUAAUAAAGAAUCCCAGCCAACAGUAUAUGAAGAAAACAGAAAUAGUGAAAAAAUCAGCCAUUUGGCCUUGAAAGCUUCUCAAAGGGUACAGAAAGAGCUGUUUGAACCUCAUCUCCUUAGACAAAUGCCUCUCUAAGCAGUUACUAGGAAGAUGUACUUUUGUAUUAUCAUCAGAACAAAAGAAGUAUUUCAGAGCCAAGUGUGAAGAAACAUUGAAUCCAAUAGUUUUUUUUACUGCAAACAAAGCGAUACCUCACAGUACAAAAUACUUUGCAUUGUAGAUCCAAUGUAUCUAUGUAAUUUAAGUAAAAAAAAAGUUUAAAAUAAGAUGUGCAGACCUUAUGCAACUA